UCAACGUGUAGCUCGGACCAGUUUGCCUGAGCGUGUAAGCUUUAGGCCCACGAUUUCAACUAGUUCUUUCAGCUUGGCCCAGUCAUUCUCUUCUCUCUCUCUCUCUUCCUCUCCUCCUUUCCCUCUCCUCUCUUUCCCAUUGCGAGUUGGUUGACUCUCGCUCUGGUCUUCCCCAUGAAUCUCCUGAGAAUUCACCACGACCGCACUUCCUUUCUCCUACACCGCACCGCCCCUCGUCGCCUCCCUCUUCCGGCGCCUCCAUUUCCUCGGCCACCCAAAUUGCACCCGCACCCCAUCUCCGUCUCCUUGUCGCCCUCCAGGACCUGCAGCUUCGGAGCUCACGGCUUCUCGAAACACGCUGCAACGGCAUAUGGCGAUGAAAAAGGCGAGAGCCUGGACGGCGAGGCUGUGGAGAUGGAGGAGGACUUGUCCGUCGACGGCGUCGUGUAUCAGAACACGUUGAGAUUGGUGGAAUGCUCCAUGUUCGCGGCGCUCUCUGGCUUAGUGUACUUCCUCAGCAAUUCGCUCUCGAUUGAGAAUUACUUUGGUUGCUUUUUCGGAUUGCCGAUAGUAAUCUCCUCAAUGAGAUGGGGCAUUGCAGCUGGGAGGAAAACUAUGGUUGCGACAGCUGUGCUGUUACUUGUCCUCUCUGGUCCAUUAAAAGCAUUAACUUAUCUGCUUAUGCAUGGGCUACUUGGUCUCACAAUCGGUUCUUUAUGGAGGUUGGGAGCCAGUUGGGGUGCUUCAAUCUUCAUCAGCACACUUGUUCGAGCGCUGUGUGCCAUGGGUUAUGUUUUGAUAUCCUCAUUCUUAAUAAGAGAAAAUAUUCUUGAUCUAAUCACCAUAAACCUCCAUGCUUCCAUUUCCUUCUUGUUCACUGCUUCAGGCAUCAACACAGUUCCAUCAAUGAAUCUCAUAUAUGCGAUAUUCGGAGGCGUGCUUCUGCUGAACUCCAUAUUUCUAGCUUUCCUGCUACACCUACUGUACUCGGUGUUCCUUUCAAGGCUUGGAAUGAGAACUUCGCUGAAACUUCCAAGAUGGCUAGAGAAGGCAUUAUAGAGAUGUCACAUCUGUUUUUUUGUGUGGGUCAAAUACAAUAACCGUUGUAUGAUAUCGAGUGGAACAGAUGCAACUCCUAAGUGCACAUCAUUGGAGCCCGACGCUCUUGCAAUCACCUCUGCAAGCUGCAUCGUCUCCCCAUUCGCUAUCAAUUGCCCUCCACCAGGUUGGUGUUCUUGAAUACUGAUUGCACAAUGCAACCAUAUAGCACCGGUGCCGGUACCUUGGUGCGUUGAUUUGGAAAGUUGAGAAGAAGAUAUAUUGGCCAGUGGACCGGGCUUAAAGUUGCCGACCCCUCAAGUGACUCGGGUGUAAUAGUUUGGAUGCAUUCAUUUUUCCUUCAAACUCCCAUCCUGCAAUGCCAGAUAGUACCGCAAUUAGGAUCAAAGAUUGUUCAAGACUCUUUGACAAGCUGUUGAUAUCAUGUAUAAGUUGGAAAAUUACUCGUAGUUGUCAUAAAUAUAGUCAGCUUUUGCAGUAGAAUUUCAAAACUCUCAUUUCAUUUUGGAUGGCUUCUCCACUUGCCACUGUCACGUGGUAUGGCUGCUGCACAAAAACACUUAUUCAAGUUGUCCCUUGAGGAUGUAGUCAGCGCCUAUUCAACUACAUUUUUUAAA